GGCUCUCAUCGAUCGAUCGCCUCGUCUACGGCGAACAUCGGCCUCCGCCGUAACUCGGGAGCUGAGCUCUCGGGUCAGCUGGUCGCAGCCCCGCGACCACAGAUUGUGAGCGAGAGUUUUUUUUUUUUUUUUUUUUUUUUUUGGGAGUCGUGCGUGUUGACGGCGGCACUGAAUCGCCAUGGUAGGAGCGGUGUGCGACCAGAUGCAACCUGACACUGUCUCGUAGCACAGGAAUGGAUGGGCCGAGGGCACACCUUUCGACUGGGACCGCCUGAAGAAGCUGAGUCGGGGAUAUUGUGGGAGAUACGCAGCCCCUGCCGUCUCCCGCCGAAGCCACUUUCCGCAGCGUUUGGUGGAAGCCAGAUUUUCUCUACUCCCGACAUUUUUUUUUUUUUUUUUUUUUUGGACGUUUCCCCUCGCACUCGACGAUUGGGAACAUAUAUGAUGAAGUUUAAGCCCAACCAGACCAGGACGUACGACGGCGAAGGCUUCAAGAGAAGAGCGGCGUGUUUGUGUUUCAAAAACGAACAAGAGGACGAGGUGCUACUGGUGAGCAGCAGUCGACAUCCAGACCAAUGGAUUGUGCCAGGAGGAGGAAUGGAGCCUGAGGAGGAGCCCUGUGGGGCCGCCGUCAGGGAGGUGUACGAAGAGGCUGGUGUGAAGGGAAAGCUUGGCAGACUACUUGGGAUUUUUGAGCACAAUCAGGACAGAAAGCACAGGACGUACGUCUAUACCCUCAUAGUGACGGAGACACUGGAAGACUGGGAGGACUCUGUCAACAUUGGGAGGAAGAGGAAGUGGUUCAAGGUUGAAGAAGCCAUCAAGGUUCUGCAGACCCACAAGCCUGUCCACGCGGAGUACCUACGCAGACUCACAAACACCUGCAGUCCCCUGUGCAACCCGACCAAUGGCAACGGCCCCAGCUCCCAAGUGACGGACAACAACGCUCCCCGCUAUGUUGUUUGCUCCACGCAGGGCUCAGAUCUAGUCAACAGAUAGGACCAUCACCGGCAGCGAGCAGUUCUUCUGAGAGGACACCGGGAUGGACUGAUGAUCUGAAAAGACUUCUGCAUUCUUUACAUUACUAAUGCAGCCUCUUAAUAUGUACAGUACAGACUUCUUGAAGUUGAUUUGAAACCCUUUUGAAGUGGGCUUGAAGAGUGCCAAAAUGUUUUCCAAGUAUACUUAAGAUUUUAUAUGUAUAUUUUUUACCAGCCAUCACCAGCUUAAUAGAGCACAUGUGUUCCUUUAAAGUGUUCAGCUUCAGAUGGGUUUUCCCAGCGUGCUGCUUAUGCAAUGUAAAGAUCCUUUUUAGUCUUACGUGCUGAAUAUGUGAUUGGCAGUGCACACGGUGUUGGGUUGGUUUCCUGGAGGGCGGUACUGGGAAGUGUUGGGUAUUGGAGAAAGUCCUGCCCCCAUGGUGACUCAGUGCCAAAUGAUGUCAUUCUGCAAGACAUUUUGAAGAGGAGUAGCUCCAUGUGUGUGAAUAAUUUUAUUACAGUUCAUUCUCUUGCAAACUUUUUACUGCUGUCGCCUCACCAAGGUUCAAGUCGUCUGAGGUAUUUCGCGUAAUCGCACAAAGAGAGUUGGGGCAAAGUCUCCCCUGAUGCAGAAGUGUGAAGAGCAUUGCUCCUCCUGUAAUUACCACCUCACAGGUACACACAGUAUCGUCUCUAAUCACUAGUAAGAGUGUAACACGGUAAUAAAGAUUAGAGGAAUAUCUGCAAACCAGCCACCACACUGAAAUGAAGACUUAAAUAGUCCUGCCUCAAACAUCAUUUUAUUUGUACAUAGCUUUAAUGUUGUCAGGCUGACUGUUAAAUCGAGGUAAUGACAGCAUGUUGGCCCAAUUAAGACAAUUCUAUCAGCUUCUGCGCACAGUCAAGUUAUCAAAAGUUACAAAUGUGCCAAAGACGGACAGUAUUUAACACCACAAACACACACAGGUUGUAUUAGACAAGGAAUAAUACAUAUCUUCUGCAGAAACUACUGUUAUCAUGUGCAUUUGACAAGUGUGACCUCCUGUUAAUGUCUGAGAAUACAAUACGGAGGCCUUGGUUUUAGAGGAGAGCCACAGUGUGUUGUGCUUUAAGUCUGAUUCUCUUAAGUGCCUUCACAAACACAACGAUAAAAUGUGUCUAGCUUGCGAGCACUGCACAUGCUAAAGCACCGACUGGGAGCAGUGCGGGCUGCCUUACACACGCCGUGGAGACCAGCCGCUUUUAUUUGCUCAGCACGGGUGAGAUUUGAACCACGGGACGUUGGAGGAAACUCGGGUUUGUUGUUGCAGUUGAUUGUACAGUUUUAAGUAUGCGGUGACUGAAAUUAUUUAUUUAUGUUUCACAACGAAAUACCCCCAGCCAUCACGAACAGAAAACUAUGACAGUAAGUCAUGGACUUUUUUUUUUUUUUGUCAAUACCUCAUAACGUGAGUACAAAUUAUGUUAUUUCAUUUUAUUGACGAUCAGUGACUCUUGUAUUUAGGAGAAUUGGAAAGAUCAUUUAAUAACCCUCUUUUCUAUUUGUGCAUGUGACUGGAAUAUUCUGCUGUGCUCCAUCGUGUUGUAUAUAAAACCUUUCAAAUAAAAACG